AUGCACAUCUCACCCCCAGUGAACGGGCCCGCUCUCUCGACACUAUCCCUCCUCCGCCUCCUCUUACUCCUCCUGCUCAGCAACGUCGUCCUCGGCAGCACAACAACCACUCCGACCCCGACCACAACCAGCACACAAAAUCAAAGAAAUGAACCAGCGGCACCCCCGAACCGCGCCUACAAGGCCCCGCACCUAACCAUCACUCCGGCCCCGGACCCGGUCUUCGCAUCGCACCGUCUUCUCCGCGCCCGCCAAGGCGACCCCCGGUCCUCGGACGGCCGCACGAAUUUCAUCGCGUGGUACUCCCAGUCCGGCGCCUGGGUCUCGGCGACAUGUCCGGCAGACAAUUACUUUGCUGCGGAUAGCAGCACCGACGCGAGGAGAAUUAUCUUCUGUAUCGCCAUGUCGGAGCUCUACGUUCUCCCCAUGACUUGGUACCGCGUCACACAUCCACUCCCAGAAGCCUCCGUCGCAACAGUGACGGUGACCCAAAGCACAACGGUGACGGCGACUCCCCGGGCCGGAGGGAGCCGCAUGAGUGGGCAAGCCAACAACCCCUCCCGUUCGCCGCCUGCCAUGAUAGCUCUAGUGGUGGCUGCGAUGAUCUCGUGCUUAGCUCUUGCUGUACCAUGA